AUGGAUGAUAGGGAUAGUGAAAGAGCCCCUCUUCUUCAAAUAGGAAGACAAAUUGAGCCAAAGAAUUGUCGUGAUGCAUUUUGCUCGUGUUUAUGUAUCUUCAUAUUUAUUGGAACAAUUAUAGUUCUUUCUUUCUCCGGAGGUACACCUGAGUUUGAUUUACCGGUAGAUAUUUCGCAAAUCCCAAAGGCAUAUCAACUUCGACCAGACCGGUUUUUUUAUUUUAUUGAAUCCCUUCCUGUUGAAUUUGAAAGCAUAACUAAUUAUACAUCCACUAAUGUUACGAUAACAAAUUCAAUGCAUAAUUUUGAAAAGGAGCCUUUUGAUGGACCAGUUGGUGUAUUUAAAAUAGCAGAAAUUAUUCCAAUAUCCAAAAUCUGGACAUAUGAAUAUGAAAUUCGAGAAUUUCGGUACUUGCCCGAUGGAAAUGUUACUAUGGUAUCGACAGUCAUUUCAAAGUUUGAAGGAUUUUGGUCGAAUUCAAUUAAAAUUCAAUUUACUGCAGCACAUAAUAAAAGUUUAAACCCGGUAUUACUUGAAACUUGUGAAUAUAAAGUUAUUCGAUCCUUUUUCUUAGAUGGAGAGAUUCAACGACGAUGCCCGCACGAAAAAGAAUUUUAUAAAGUUGCUUUUGUUCAAAGAGCAUCUCUAUCCGAAUGGAAAUUUUUGUCUUCUUUAAAUAAGAGCAUUGAAUUUGGAGAAAUAUCUAAAAUAGAUUUUUUGGAUAAUAAGAGAGAUGUCACCGUAUACGAGAACGCACCAUAUCCUCCAAUUAUUCCGGCAAUAUAUGUGGUGUAUCGCGAUUUGAUGGAAAGUGAGUUAAAAACACAAGGAAAAAUCAAAUAUUAG